GACGCUGUUUCCAGCCAGUCAUAUCUCAGAACCGGAGGGUUGUCGACGCAUGACGCGUGUUUCCAUGCGAAGUCAGUCGUUAUGGCGACCGGUUUUGUAGGCUCUACGAAGAGUUUUCCAUUCUCGUUUGACGUGGAUGUGGAAGAAGAUGAGCAGGGACGAAGUACUCCGCGCCUCAAUAAGCGCAUCGGCAGCGAGAGUCCAACAAGUGCAGUAGGGGCGGAGGCUCCCCGGGAGCUCCCGAACGAACUGUCGGCGCCCUACGAGGUGCCGCAGUUCCCCAUAGAGCAGAUUGAGAAGAAGCUGCUUAUUCAGAGACAGCUUAAUGUCAAGGCGGCAGAAUGCGGUCAAUCAGUGCGAUCGUUCGGCGGCAGCGAGGCGGGCGGCGCGGGCGCAGUGUUCGACGAGCGGCUGCGGGCGGCUGAUGAUGAGGAGACCGACUUCGUGCUGCCACACUUCCAGAGAGUUGCUAUCAGUGGGGAGGAUACUUCUGGAGUCCCUCUAGAAGAUCUGCAGCAGGCCUCCUCGUACCUGGUGCAGGCGCUGGAGAUGCGCAAGCGAUACAUGGAGAUGUCGCAGCAGAGCUACGCGACCAUCACGGCGCGGUUCGUGCGCAGCACUGAUGCCAACGCGCCCGCCUACGUGCCCAGCGUGCACGUGCAGAAGCAUAUAGCUGAUCACAUCGUCCACCCCCCAUUCAGAGCGGGCAAGGACCCGUGGGAGUGCCACAACCCUGACCCAGUGGACUACAUCAUCAGGCCCGACCGGGGGGUGUUCAACUUGUACAAGAAAGGAGAGGACGGACAGGAGACGAGGCUGCCGUACGAGUAUAUCACGCUGCAGCAGUUUAUACAGGACAAGAAUACUAUGUGUAAUAUGAUGUCGGAUGGGCCGCUUAAAUCAUUCUGCUACCGUCGUCUGUCGUACCUGUCGUCCAAAUUUCAGCUGCACGUGCUGCUCAACGAGCUCCGGGAGCUUGCCUCCCAAAAGGCUGUACCUCAUCGGGACUUCUAUAACAUCAGGAAAGUGGAUACUCAUAUCCACGCAGCUUCGUGCAUGAACCAGAAACACCUAUUGCGCUUCAUCAAGAAAACUUUGAAGAAUCAUGCUGAUGAGGUGGUGACUCUCCACAAGGGCACUCCGAUGACGCUGAAGUCAGUGUUCCAGUCUAUGAACCUCAGCACCUACGACCUCACUGUGGAUAUGCUUGAUGUACAUGCGGACCGCAACACGUUCCACCGCUUCGACAAGUUCAACGCGAAGUACAACCCCAUCGGCGAGAGCAGACUGCGCGAGGCCUUCCUCAAGACUGACAACUACAUGAAUGGGAAGUACUUCGCUAGGAUCAUCAAGGAAGUAGCAUCAGACUUGGAAGAAAGCAAGUACCAGAACGCAGAACUACGGCUGUCCAUCUACGGCAAGAGCCCGGGCGAGUGGGCCAAGCUCGCCAAGUGGGCCAUCCAGUACAACGUGUACUCCGACAACGUGCGCUGGCUCAUACAGAUCCCUAGGCUAUACGAUAUCUUCAAGUCGAACAAGAUAAUGACGAACUUCCAGGAGUUCCUGAGCAACAUCUUCCAGCCGCUGUUCGAGGUCACCAAGGACCCCAACAGCAACUAUGAACUGCACAAGUUUCUUACUCACGUGGUAGGUUUCGACAGCGUAGACGACGAGUCUAAGCCAGAGAACCCGAUGCUGGACGCCGACGCUAAGAGCCCUGAGGAGUAUGAUGAUGAGGAGAAUCCGCCGUACGCGUACUAUUUGUACUACAUGUACGCUAACAUGACCGUGCUGAAUCACUUCAGGAAGGAACAAGGCCUGAAUACAUUCGUACUACGCCCUCACUGUGGCGAGGCAGGUCCAGUUCAGCACCUCGUGUGCGGCUUUCUCCUCGCCGAGAACAUCUCGCACGGACUGCUGCUUAGGAAGGUGCCAGUCCUGCAGUACCUCUACUACCUAGCUCAGAUCUCCAUCGCGAUGUCUCCUCUGAGCAACAACUCGCUGUUCCUGAACUACCACCGCAACCCGCUGCCCGAGUUCCUCGCGCGAGGACUCUGCAUCACGCUCAGUACUGAUGACCCGCUGCAGUUCCACUUCACCAAGGAGCCGCUGAUGGAGGAGUACAGUAUCGCGGCACAAGUGUGGAAGCUCAGCUCAUGUGACAUGUGUGAACUCGCCAGAAACUCUGUGCUCAUGUCUGGAUUCCCGCACGAGAUGAAGCAGUACUGGCUGGGCCCCAACUACAUGAAGGAGGGCGUGGCCGGCAACGACAUCACCCGCACCAACGUGCCCGACAUCCGCAUCUCCUUCCGACACGAGACCCUGCUCGACGAGCUCACCAACAUAUUCAAGGUACAUUAACUUGGAGAUAAACAACAUACUUAUAAUAUUGCACAGUGUUGGGCUUUACACACACACGUAUGUAUACAAAACAGCACACUUUUGGGCUUCUUUUUGUAGUUUUGUUAUGUAUCAGUAUGAAAACUGUAGGCAAUUAAAAAUUACCUAUAAGACCCUAUUAAUGACGUGGUCAUAUCUUAUUAUGGUAUCAUUAGUUAUUUGUUUUAUACUUGCUUAUAAUGCUUAUUGGCAGACAUAGCGCAGACGUUUCGUCAGCUGUAGAUAAUUUCUUUAUACAUGUAAAAACUGCACAUGAUGCCACAUUUAUGCAUUACUUACUUACGCGUACUAUUUUACAAUACAGGAACAUAUUUUCACACUACAUAAUAGGUACACAAUAGUACAUAGUAAUAUAAAGUAACACAAUUUCUUAUUUAGGUAGAUGACUUGAUAGUAGGUAGAUAAAAUUCAAGUAGAUUGUUAAACUCAGUUUGGAUUGUCAAGCCAAGUAAGUUAUAUAGGAAAAAUUAUUUAACCUAAACAUUAGAUCCUCGUUACAAAAAUAUUGAAUGUCUGUAUAUUGCAUGAACUGAAUAAACACGCAUGCACAACAUGCGUGUUUAUUCAAUGUAUUCAAACUCAUUUUAAAUGUUGAUCUUGUGCUUUCGUUUAUGUUUGUAUCUAAAACUAUAUGUUUCUAAAUAAGAAUUCAAUUAACCUCUCGUACAUUCCUUCAAUUCUUUUAGAACCAGAAUGCAUUUUUUAAAUAAAAGUAAGGUCCAUCGUCAUCUGCCCUUGUCUUUCCCAACUAUGCUGAGCUCGGCUCCAUUGCAAGCAAUAAAAAUCCUAAUUUGAUGCCAGUUGUAAAAAUGUAGUCUGGUUAAAAAAAUCGUCAUAAUGUUUAAAAAACAACAUAUAAUUUCAGGACGGUAUGUCAGCUCGGAGAUAAACAUCCACAAAUGAGACAGUGGAUGCUGCAAAUGACAACAAACAUUAAUAUUAUAAAACUUUACUAAUUUUUAACAUUUACUAAAAGCAAGUUAGACUGUAUAUUAAUAAUAAUCAAUAAUUGUUUUUUAUAUAUAAAAAUUACGUAAAACCAGGGCUAUAGUGCCUCAAAAUAAAAAAAGUAAGUUUAUUGUAAUAAGGAUAGAUCCUAUAGAUUACCCCUUGUGAUAAUUAGGCGAAAAUGAAAGAUUGAAAGUGCCAUUUCAUUGUUAAAAUGAAUGUUUUGCUGCUCUUGAAUUUAUUGAAUUAGAAUAGGUAUUGUGGACUGUGAAUGUGGCUGACUUUUUAAUGAUUAUAUAAGUAGAAGAGAUUUUACCCAUGUGUGGCACUCGCUUUAGCAAACUUAUGUGUAUGAGAACAAUUUCGCCAUAAGUAGGUACCCUAUCUUACAAAAGUAACCCAAUUUUCCAAGACUCCUACGAAAGAUCUGAAUUGCAACAAGCAAAUUGUGCAACGAUUUAUUAAGAAUUUUAUCACUAACCUUAAUCGACAAGAAUACUGCCAUGAAAUUUUUUGAAUGAAGUUGGCAUUUAUCAAAUUAUGACUCUUAUGAAUAUUUCUUUAAAUCAUUUAUUCUUAGCCGUUAGGAUAUCAGAGCCUUCAUAAACUUCCACAUUCACAGUUGAUAGUACAUUUAAAAUCUUGUAUAACUAAGUAGAAUUUAUUGUGAAGCUUAAUCAAUUGUACAAUUUUUAUACCUUAUCAUACAAACCACAGCUCACGCCAAUCGUAUUUUUACUAACAUAUUUAUCAAAAUCAACUUCCUUAAAUCAAAUAUUCGAAUCAGUAAUUCUACUUACAAUUAUAAUACUACUGUUUCUACUUUAUUAAUUACUCCUAUUUAUCAAAGAACUUCAACGACCUCAAAAACUUCAACUUCUGAACUUUUCUUUAGUAUAGUUUUCUCUAUUAUUCUUAAGGACAAAAUAUGUAUUAAAUUUUGUAUAUCUUAGCUUAGCUUAGUGAGCUGUGGGACAAGCUUUACUGGUUGUAUCGUACUAAUGCUGUGUUCGUUUUUGUGUUAUUUGUGAUUAUAUCAUUUUGUUAAUACAUCUGUUUAUAUAUCAUCAUUGAAAUUAUAUCCAAUAUCUUCCUAAAGGUCUUGACCUGAGAAUUCUAUUGCAUUUGUUUAUCGGAUUAUAAUUUCAGUGAUUGAUAACGCAUUUUGUGCUUCUGUUCAAAUGGUAUGGGAUUGUGAAAUGUCCUCUCUAAUUUAUUAUCUUUACACCUAUUUGAAAAUGGGUCUUUUUAUUGAAAUGCAUCUAAAUCUUUACAGAAUCGCAGUUUUUAAUGGAAUCAAACGGGUUUCUUUACAAACUCUUCACAACAAGAGACAGCAAUAUAUUUUUGACAGAAUUUUAUUUUUCUACCCUCCAUUUUGUCUUGUAAAUAAUAUUAUUCCAAGAAAUCAUGAUCCACAUAACAUUUGCAUGGAAUUUCCUAAGCUAUGUAGUACUUAACUUUUAACACGACUUGUGAAUUAAGUUUGUACCAAUAUUUAUAAACCAUAAUAUAAUAUAACAUGUUAUCAUUGUUGAAAAUAAAAACUCUCAUACCGGAA